AAAUCUCGUCCGCAUUUGUAAGCAUCUGUUUAUAACCCAUUUGAAGCCGUAUACUUAACACUUGGAUGGCCGACCAAAUAUCCACACCAUCUUCAAUCGAUUGGCGUAAUAACUUGGUUUGAACCUUCCCGAAGCCUCUCAGGUUUAUUUUCUAUCACUGCUUGUAUGGGACACAACUCUGCCUUCUGUCUUCCCUAAGAAACAAGCGCAGUCUUUUAUUCCUACUAAUGGCAACCCCCAAAUCAAUCUUGAUCCUCGGAGCAGGGUUGGUGGGACGACAUGUCAUCGACCUCCUUCUCGCCGCCGGCUUCUCUGUUACAACACUUGUGCGAAACGCAAAGCUGGCGGCUACUUUGGAAAAAGCAGGCGCCAAACCGAUCCUCGGUACUCUCGAAGACGUCGACCUGAUAACGGCCCAAACAACGCAGCACGAAGUCAUUAUCAAUACUUCCUCAAGUGACGACCUACCUAGCGCCAAAGCUAUACUAGCCGGCGUGCGACAGCGCGUGCUUCAAAGCCUUCCAGUAACCCUCAUCCACACUAGCGGCACCGGAUUACUAGUGGACGAUGCGAAGGGACGAUACAAGAGUGAGAAGAUCUAUCGCGACGAUGACCCGACAGAUAUCGACGCCCUACCUCCCACAGCCCUGCACCGGAAUGUCGACCUUGCAACCGUCCAGGCAGCGCGCGAACUCGGUGGCAAGGCUAGAGUAGUCAUUCUCAUCCCACCAGUGAUCUAUGGAUUUAAUCCUGCGCACCAGCGACUGUCCAUGGCUUUACCAAAGCUAGUACGAUUUGCACUCAAGCAUGGCUAUGCUGGGCGUGUCCAGGAGGGUCUUAACGUUUGGAGUGCUGUCCAUGUCGCAGACUUGGCACGCGCUUACACAACCCUUAUUGACAGUUUGGAUUCAAUUGAUCCAUCUGCCUUCCUGAAGAACCCUUACUUCUUCGCCGACGACGGAAUGGACUUCUCGUGGGGAGACGCGGCGGAGCAAGUGGGCCGCAUUUUGUACAAGCUGCGGAAGAUUCCGAGUCCUGAGACACGAUCUUUUGAUCCAGCCGAUUACGGAGACGUCUUUGGGCCGAUGACCGAAAAAGUCGCUGGUGGAAAUGCCAGAAGUCGAGGAGUUAGGCUGCGGGAGCUGGGUUGGGAGCCAAAAGAAAAGAGUGUGUGGGAGAGUUUAGAGGAGGAUGAGAUCCCUUACAUUAUUGCGACGCAAAGUUGAUCUCAUGGGCUGUGUCUAUAGGGUUCUCUCUUGCACUGCCCGAAGGCUCGCAGCUCUUCUGAUUGGAAGAAACCCCCUUUGAUGCUGAGACACCGGUCGUGUUUAAAACCCGUUCUGACCAAGGCAAACUUCUCUCCAUUUGUGGGGUUUG